GGGCGGGGCUUCUUCUUGUCGUUGGGCCGCUCGCGGCCGCUGUGCUAGUCGCGCUCCCUUCCUCCGGCGGAGGAGGAGGAGGCCAUGGCCGGCGAGGAAGGAGGAGGAGGGAGCUCGGGUUCCUCUCCGGAGCCCAGUCCCGGCGGCGGCGGCGGCGGCGCGGCUGGAGGAGAAGGAGGAAGCAGCGGAGGCGGCUAUGAGAGCAAGUGCAUCUUCUGCCGCAUCAGCCACGGAGAGGAGACCGGCACAGAGCUGCUCCCUUGCGAGGAUGAAGACUUGGUGUGUUUUAGAGAUAUCAGACCUGGCGCUCCACAUCAUUAUUUAGUGGUGCCAAAAAAACACAUAGGAAAUUGCAAGACUCUCAAGAGCGAACAUAUACCAUUAGUGGAAAGAAUGAUGGCAGCUGGAAAGACAAUACUUCAACGGAAUAAGUUUACCGACUUGAAUGAUAUAAGGAUGGGUUUUCACUGGCCUCCAUUCUGCUCAAUAGCCCACUUACAUCUUCAUGUGCUGGCUCCAGCUAGUCAGUUGGGAUUCUUGUCUCGUAUGGUAUACAGAAUCAAUUCCUACUGGUUUAUCACAGCUGAUCAAUUGAUGGAACGGUUGACUGCUGAGAGUGCUGCAAGCUGAAGAGAACUUGCUCUAGAUCAUACAUCUCUGUGACUACUGAGUAAUACAGGAUUGGAUGUAAUUGGUAUCAUGGUAGACUUCUGAAAACUAGUACUGAAUUUGCUGCUACAGUGGUUGAACUCAUUGUUAACCCAAUUCCAUACACUAAAUUUCUCAGGCAAUUAUAUGAAUGCAAGAAUUAAGUACUUUCUAGAGCUUCCAGAUCUACAGAUAAAAAAGUAGCUAUUGUCUUUCCAAUGCAGGUAUUAAUACAGUACAUCUUGUAAAUGAUGAUACUGAGGUUUCACAUAUGCAUAUGAGUUUGACUCUAAAUUACACAAGUUUUUGUGCCUAUGUCUUCUUUGGCGUUACAAAGCUAGGGAAGCUGUGAUGUCUUGGUGCUAAAUCAGUUAUCACUCAAAUGUAUGUAGCUGUAUACACAGCAAGAAGUUAAUCCAUUGUGCCCAUGAUAUGAGUUAAAUCUGUAGUUCCAAUGUGAGAGAAGAUAUUGUCUAUCAGUGUAGAUUAGAAUUGUUUGUGAGUGUAGACUAAGUAAUGUCCGCUAGUCAAAUGCAUGUACUUAAGACCAAGUAAGUGAAUUUUUGGGCCCGUACUGACAGGCCAAAAUAAAGCUGCUUCGGGUCACUUUGGAGGUAAGCUGUUUAAAUGAUGCAUGCGUCCUAAGAGUUCAGAAGCCACGCUCCCGUCCUAAGGACUGGACCACAGCUUUGGCACAACUUCUGGCUUCUUAGGACACAUGCAUCAUUUAAACAGCAUACCUCCAAAGUGACCUGAAGCAGCUUUAUUUUGGCCUGUCUGUAUGGGCCCUACAUUAAUCAAUUUAAGUUAAUCUUUGGGGCUAGCCUCUAAAGACAUCAGGCUUGUGCUUGAACUAAAUAGUCAUGUAACCAUUGAUUUGGCCAUUAUGGAAGUUUAAGCAUGUCUUGCUGUGGAAAUCUGUCACUUUGAAAACAUAUCUUGGGAUAUUAAGUCUUGGCAACAUCCACAAAUGAAUAAUCAAGAAUGCCAAAAGCUGGAAGUAAUGGAAGGGGUCACAGUGCAUCUUUAUCUGUUUCUUUUCAAAAUGUUGCUUUAUGUAGACAUCUCACAUUGACACAGAUCUAAUAUGGAGAAGUGAACUUUAACAAGCAGCUAUUGAAACUGGGCAUUUUCUCACCCACCAUCUAUUGUUUUUGUUUUCCCACUGCAUAGGUGCCCAAUAUGCUCAAAUAAAAUGAGAUUUUCUGUCCCUGUCUUUGACUUUUUAAAGAGUUUUAAUCUUAUUUAUUGUAGAUGUAGCAUAUGUUUAUUUUGAUACUUGAGUUUGAAUUCAAACUUGGAGAGGGAAAUAUCUCCAACCAUGUUGAAAUGUUAAAAUAAAUGUGUUAUAGCGUGUAAUGACUGUAUUGCAAUUGUGAGUCAAUGUAACAGAACUGGAAAUGUACUGGCCAUCCCCAUGUUGCCAACUCAGUGGUACCAUGAAAAGGAAGCUCUUAAUAAACAAUUGUUAGCUGUU